CAUCAUUGCAACAUCUACAACAACUCGACUCUCCUCCAUCACCGUCACCCUCGUCGUACCCAUCAACGUCUACAGCGUGCUCCCCGCCGCCGUCCCCCCCGCCGUCGCCUACACAGACCAGCACCAAACUCGCCCUAGCCCUAGCCCUCAUGGCAGCGCAGCAGCAGCCCGCGCAGGCCCUCGCGUCGCACCUCGUCGCGCAGACGCUGAGCAGCGUCGCGCUGCUCGAGAACCUCGGCCUCGUGACGGCCGCCGACGCACAAGUUAUCAGGUCAAAGCUGCCCAACCCGUACGCUACGUUCCCGCAGCUCGCAGCAGCGGCGACGACGACGACGUCGCCUGCGAGCCCUGCGGCUGCUAGCCUGGCAUCGCCGCUCGCCAACCUCAACCUCAACAACAACAACACGCCGCCCAUCGCCGCCGUGUCGCCUCCCCCAGCUGCUGCGCCCGUUGCCGCCCCGCCGCCGUUCAACCCCGACGACACUAAAGCCCGCGGCCGCGCAAUCUGGGACUACGCCGGCACGGAGCACGACGACCUCGCCUUCCGCGCCGGCGACGAGAUCAUCAUCGACGAGGAGGUCAACGCAAACUGGUACCGCGGUCGUGUUGUUCCCUCGGGCGAGAAGGGCCCGCGGGACAAGGUCGGCCUGUUCCCCAGCAACUAUAUCGAGAAGAUCGCGCCAGCAACCACCGCCCAGCGUAACCUGCCCCCUCCUGCGCCCGGACCAGGCGCAAUGACAGGCUACCAGCCCCCCGCGCCGGGCUACCAGCCCCCCGGGCCCGGCCAGCAGCAGCCCUACUACCAGCCCCCAGCGAACGUGCAGUACGGCCAGCCGCCGCCCCAGCAGCCGCAGACGGUCGUGGUCCAGCAGGCCGAGGAGCCCAAGAAGGGUAGCGGGAUCGGAGGCAAGCUCGGCAACGCCGCUGUCCAAGGCGCAGGCUUUGGCUUCGGAGCGUCGAUUGCGUCCAACCUCGUCAACGCGAUUCUUUAGUAGGCGUGCAGGUGUGGUGUUGUGGUGCAUAUGUAGAUUUUGUCGAUGUCAUGUCACGAGUACUACGUCUUU